GUACUGAGUCAAAUGAUGAAACAGAUUUUAUUAUAUUGAUAUUAUUGUAUAUAAACUAGUCUAUAAAAUGAUCACUAAUCAUGAUUAUUUUGUAUAUUAAUACUUGUUAAUUCAGUGAUCGACUUUCAGCACAUUUUGUUUCUUGAAUUUGAAAGGUAAAAUGAUCAAUCUGGACAAUAAAGUAGCUUUAAUUACUGGUUCUAGUGACGGGAUUGGCGCUGCAACGGCUUUACUCUUUUCGUCUUUAGGUGCUAAAGUGGCAAUUGUUGGUCGUGAUCAGUCUAAAUUGGAUAAAGUUGCUGCUGAAUGUGAAGCUAAAUCUCCUCAUAACUAUAAACCUGUUGUUAUAAAAGCUGAUUUCAUGAAAGAUGAUGAUAUCAGACGAACUUUCGAAGAAACUAAUUCUGUUUACAAGAAACUGGACAUUCUAGUAAACAAUGCUGGUGUUAUUUGUCAAAAAGCGUUUGGUGAACCUCAAGCAUUGGCUGAUUUUGAUCGAGUGAUGCAAGUUAAUGUCCGCGCUGUAAUCCUUUUAACAGAUUUGGCUAAAUCACAAUUGAUCAAAGCCAAAGGAGCAAUCGUCAAUGUAUCCAGUGUUGCAGGUCUCAAGUCGAAUAGUUCUACUUGGUCAUAUUGCAUGUCUAAAGCAUCAUUGGAUAUGUUCACCAAGUCUAUGGCUUCUUUGUUGGCUCCGCAUGUCCGUGUCAACUCAGUCAAUCCUGGUCCAGUCAGAACUGAUAUAAUCAAAAGCAUGGGAGAUUCAAAUGCGAUUUGGGACAGCGUCAAUCAGAUCAUGCCAUUGAAAAAAGUUGCUGAUCCAAUUGAUAUUGCUCAAACAAUAGCAUUCAUUGCGAGUGAUGCAUCAAGAAACAUGACUGGUUCAAUUGUUGUAUCUGAUGGUGGAUUCCUCAUUGCUAAUCCAGAUACAUCAAACACAAAGUUUGAAUAAAUGGAAAUGAAGUGAAAUAUUAUAUUGGCUAAAAAAUGAAUACAAAAGGAAAAAUGUUGACAACAAUUGUACAUCAUGAAGUAUCGUUAUGACAGAUACAUACAAAUAAAUUAAUAAAUUAUCAUGAUAAAUCAUAA